CCAUAAGUUUAUAAAAUGGCUCCGCAAAUUAAAUAUACGAAAAUUUUUAUCAACAAUUCCUGGGUAGACUCGGUCAGUGGAAAGACAUUCCAAACUAUAAAUCCUCACGAUGGAUCAGUCAAUGCCGAGGUCGCUGAAGGUGAUAAGUUAAAUGUGGAUGCAGCUGUCGGAGCAGCUAAAAGUGCAUUCCACCGCAACUCUGAAUGGCGUCUGAUGGAUCCGUCGGAAAGAGUGAAGCUUUUGAACAAAUGGGCUGAUCUCGUAAAUCGGGAUAUGGAUUACCUCAUACAAUUGGAAACAUUAGAUAACGGUAUCGUGGUACAAACAAAUCAAAGAUUUAUGUCAGGGGCUGUUAAUGCUAUACGUUACAACGCCAGUUGGGCUGAUAAGAUUCAAGGAACUACGAUACCCGUGGACGGUGAAGCGUUUUCCUACACACUGAAGCAACCAGUUGGUGUAUGCGCUAUAAUCAUACCAUGGAACGCGCCGGUCUUGUUUUUCUGUAGUAAAGUAUCAGCGGCUUUAGCUGCAGGCUGCACCGUAGUAGUGAAGCCGGCAGAACAGACUCCUUUAACAGCGCUGGCCCUGGCUUCUCUAGUCGCGGAGGCUGGGAUUCCACCAGGAGUUGUGAAUGUGGUGCCUGGGUAUGGGGAGACAGCAGGGGCGGCUCUAACACAUCACCCUGAUGUCGCACAUAUAUCGUUCACGGGAUCUUUACAGGUGGGUAAGAUAAUCCAACAGGCGGCAGGCGCCAACAAUCUCAAGCGUGUCCAACUUGAGCUAGGCGGGAAAAGUCCUCUCGUUGUUAUGAACGAUGCAGACUUGGAUGCUGCGGUGCAGUUUGCUGCUCUCGGGGUUUUUACCAAUCAAGGACAAAUGUGUAUAGCUGCUUCCCGUCUUUUUGUGCAAUCAGGAAUUUACGACGAAUUUGUUAAAAGAGCUUCCGAAUUUGCAAAGAGUCUUGUUGUUGGUAAACCACUAGACCUCAAAACACAGCACGGUCCUCAGAUUGAUGAAAACUUAAUGAAUAGGGUGUUAGGUUACAUCGAAAAAGGAGUAUCCGAAGGUGCAAAGCUUUUGACUGGCGGAAAAAGAAUUGGAAAAACUGGUUAUUAUGUUGAGCCUACCGUCUUUUCUGAUGUCACGGAUGAUAUGACCAUCGCUGUAGAAGAAAUUUUCGGUCCGGUCCAAAACAUCUUAAAGUUCGAAACAUUUGAAGAAGUUAUUGAACGUGCUAACGCUACCAACUAUGGUUUGGCGGCUGGGAUAUUUACAAGAUCUGUCGAAACUGCUCUACAGUUUAGCAAACAUAUUGAAGCAGGAAUUGUUUGGGUGAAUACUUAUUUACAUUUUGGAAGUCAGCUACCAUUCGGUGGUUUCAAGGACUCCGGGAUUGGCAGAGAAAAUGGACCCAACGGAGUGGAAGCUUACUUGGAACUCAAAACAGUAAUAAUGAAACUUUCGAAGAAGUUGCAAUAAAAUUAGUUGAUAGAAAACAUUUAAUUAAGUGCUACAUUAUUAUAUGUACUAAGGAAAUUAUCAAAAUUUAUUUUUAUAUAAUCUAUAUUAUAAUUUCCAUGUUUGUCGUAAUAAUAAAACUGAAAUAUUGCUAUUUCGACGAUUUUUUGGUUCAUUCAUCGGAUUUUUUAUUUGUUAUGUUUGUACAAUAAAAUUAUCUUUACUCAACUAUUUACGCUUAGCGAACCUAAAGAUACAUUUCCUAGCAUAAAUGAUGACGAAUAUUAAUGGGGGAGAAACUUGUUUUUUUUUACUUAUUGCUUCAAAACUGCGGAGCCGUUCCAUACAACGUAAAUGUAUCCUGAAACGAGAGGUUCGUGUCGGUUAUUUGAUCCGUUUUGUCGAUAAUUAAUGACAAUUUCAAAACCUGAACCUAUUGUUAUGUAAAUAUAUGUUGUUAUAUUUAUGUCAGGAUGAUGAAAUCAAAUAAAUGCUCUUAUUAUAUCAAAAUACCGAAAAUACAUCAGUUUGGUCUGGGAAUAUAAUAUAAACUAGUGUGUGUUUUUACACCAUCCAUCACUUAACUGUCAUACUUGUUAACAGUCUUUAUUAUACUUACUCACUGGUUGUUGGUAUCCACUUACAUUGUGUAUUAAUUGCUUUUUUUUUAGUUGUAUUUGAUUUAAGUAAAAUUUUAGCUCCUUGAUUUUUUGUACUUCCAUAAUAAAGUAAAUUCUUAUGAUA